GUUGGAUGGUGUUUACAUAUCUACGUGCCAUUAUUUGAGACCUGGGGCAGCAGAGAACGCCUGGCAUCAGCCGAUUCACCUAAUAACCUAUUACCGAUACCUUCGUUUCUACUCGGACGAGCCAACAAAACCAAAACUUUUAAACCAAAGAAAAAUGUGCCCGAAGGUACAAAACAACAUCAACUUCAAAAGUACGCUGAGGCUACACUUGGUUCAGGAAAUUUAAGACUUGCCGUAGUUUUACCCGAAGGUGAAAAUCUUGAUGAAUGGUUGGCCGUAAAUACCUACGAUUUUUUUAAUCAAAUAAAUAUGCUUUAUGGUACGAUCACUGAAUUCUGCACACCACAACUAUGCCCUAUUAUGUCGGCUGGCUCAAAAUAUGAAUAUCAUUGGUCUGAUGGUGAAAAAUAUAAAAAGCCUACAAAGUUAUCUGCUCCAGAAUAUGUUGAUCAUCUAAUGGAAUGGGUGCAGCAACAACUUCAUGCUGAAACGAUAUUUCCAAGUAAAAUUGGUGACCCGUUUCCAAGCAAUUUUCAAACUGUAGUAAAAAAUAUAUUUAAACGAUUAUUCCGUGUUUAUGCACACAUUUAUUUAUCUCAUAUUUCAGUUAUAGAGGCAUUGGAAGAAGAAGCUCAUUUGAAUACAAGUUUUAAACAUUAUAUUUAUUUUGUUCAAGAAUUUCAAUUAAUUGAAAAACGCGAAUUACAACCUUUGGCUGAAUUAAUUGCUAGUUUGACUA